GGGGCCAGUGCGUGGUGGGAAGGGGCGGGAUCCUGCCGCCGCGGCUGCCGCUGGAGCCGGUGUCCGGGCUGGUGAUGGGGUUAAUUCCUUUCCGUGAGACUCUUCCUUGCACCCAGCCGGCCCCGCCGUCGCUCCGCCGCGCCGCGCUCCCGCUGCAUCCUCCUGCUCCUCAGUAACGUGGGCCACUGAAAGGUAUGAUAUAUUUGAUCCAAGACAGUCCAUUUCAGCCCAGGAAUCUACUGUGGUGACAAGGACAUGGGACUCCUCCCGCCAGAUUACAGAUGGUUCAAUACAAUUGACAUCCUGGCUGACAACUGUGAAAAGGAACCUUGGAUUAUUUUAUUUUAUUUUUGUGGAACACCACAACUCCAAAUCCGUAGAACACAUCAGGCUUCAAGUUCCCUGUAGAAUUCUAAAAUAACCUUUGCUAAUGAGGAUGUCUGAUACUGUUACUAUAAAAGAUGAAUCUGAAACAAUGAAGGAUUUGGAGGCAGAAGUGAAAGAUACAGCCAGAGUUGAAAAUCUUAUCAAAUCAGAAAACUAUGGGAAGAUAUUGGCAGAGAAGAAUGAACGUUGUAUUGACAGCAAUAUUGAUUUGCAGCGGCCCUUGCAGUCAUUUGGACAGACAGGAAAAAGGUCUAAGUCAAGCUCAAAGUUAAAGCUAGUUCGGAGCCUUGCAGUGUGUGAAGAAUCUCCACCACCUCCUGCAGCAGAGAUAUCACAGGAGACUCAGGAAAAAUUUCAGAUCCAGUUAACACAAUCAUUUGAUAAAGAGGAGAAGCCCUCAAAAGAUGAAGCAGAUAAAGAAAAAGCCAGUGAUAAGUUGCCCAGAAAAAUGUUAUCAAGAGAUUCCAGUCAAGAAUACACUGAUUCAACUGGGAUAGAUCUACAUGAAUUCUUAGUAAAUACAUUAAAAAACAAUCCCAGGGACAGAAUGAUGCUGCUGAAAUUGGAGCAAGAAAUUUUAGAUUUCAUUGGUAAUAAUGAGUCUCCACGUAAGAAGUUUCCCCCAAUGACAUCUUACCACAGGAUGUUGUUACACAGAGUAGCUGCCUACUUUGGAUUAGACCACAAUGUUGAUCAGAGUGGAAAGUCUGUCAUAGUUAACAAAACUAGCAACACAAGAAUACCUGAUCAGAAAUUUAAUGAACAUAUUAAGGAUGACAGAGGUGAAGACUUUCAGAAACGAUACAUCCUUAAGAGAGACAACUCUAGCUUUGACAAAGAUGAUAACCAGAUGAGAAUACGUUUAAAAGAUGACAGAAGAAGCAAAUCUAUAGAAGAAAGAGAAGAAGAGUACCAGAGAGCUAGAGACCGAAUAUUUUCCCAGGAUUCCCUGUGUUCGCAAGAGAACUACAUUAUUGACAAAAGAAUCCAAGAUGAAGAUGCUAAUAGUACCCAGCAGAGGCGCCAGAUAUUUAGAGUUAAUAAAGAUGCUUCAGGGAGAUCAACAAAUAGCCAUCAGAGCAGCACUGAGAACGAAUUGAAAUACUCAGAGCCACGACCCUGGAGCAGCACAGAUUCAGACAGUUCUCUUCGGAACCUAAAGCCUGCUGUAACCAAAGCCAGCAGCUUUAGUGGAAUCUCAGUCUUAACCAGAGGUGAUAGUUCUGGAAGCAGCAAAAGCAUAGGCAGGCUUUCAAAAACAGGUUCUGAGUCUUCAGGUAGCAUAGGGUCCUCCACGGGCUCUCUCUCUCAGACCCAGCAGCCUCUUCCAGGUUCAGCUCUCAGCCAGUCUUCUCAUGGCACACCUGUCGUUUACCCAUCUGCCAGCGCUCACAGUUCUCUCUCCUUCGAUGGAGGUCUCAAUGGGCAAGUCACAUCUCCUAGCACUAGCUUCCUUUUGCUGCCCUUGGAAGCAUCUGGCAUACCACCUGGCAGUAUUCUGAUCAACCCACAAACAGGUCAGCCCUUCAUAAACCCAGAUGGGAGUCCAGUUGUGUACAAUCCUCCUAUGACUCAACAGCCAGUUCGAACCCAAGUGCCUGGACCUCCACAGCCACCUCUGCCACCCCCACCAUCUCAGCAGCCAGCAGCCAAUCACAUUUUCUCACAGCCUGUUGGUCCUCUGCAGUCCUCUUCUCAGCCUGUUCAGUGCUCUCCAGCCCCCUACCCAUCCCCGCUCCUGCCAGUCUCACCCACCCAGCAGUACUCCGCGCAGGAUAACCUUGGUUCUCAGUUCAGCCACAUGAGUCUUGGUCGCCAGCCAUCAGCUGAUGGUUCUGACCCUCAUGCCACCAUGUUCCAGUCCACCGUCGUUCUUCAGUCUCCUCAACAGUCUGGUUACAUCAUGACGGCAGCACCCCCCCCACAUCCUCCUCCACCUCCACCCCCACCACCACCCCCUCCUCCUCUACCACCUGGGCAGUCGGUCCCUACUGCCAGCUUCUCUGUCUCUGGGCAUCCUGUCAGCCAGCCUGUGCUCCAGCAGCAGGGGUAUCUUCCUCAGCCCUCACCACAGAUGCCAGCCUGUUACUGUGCACCUGGCCACUAUCACUCCAGCCAGCCUCAGUACCGCCCUGUCCCUUCUGUCCAUUACAGUUCACAUCUAAACCAACCACUGCCACAACCUGCACAGCAGACAGGUUAUCAAGUUAUGCCCAACCAGCAGCAAAACUACCAGGGAAUAGUUGGAGUUCAACCACCCCAGAGUCAGAAUCUCGUUGGAGGCCAACCAAACAGCAUUGGAACUCACAUCCAAGGAGUGGUCAUCCCCUAUCCUUCAGUGCCAUCAUAUCAAGUUUCACUGCCUCAAGGUUCUCAAGGAAUUGCCCAUCAGACUUACCAACAGCCUGUUGUGUUCCCUAACCAGUCUAAUCAAGGAUCUCUGCCCACAGCAGGAAUGCCUGUAUACUACAGUGUCAUUCCACCUGGCCAGCAAAGUAAUUUAAGCCCUGCAGUUGGUUACUUACAUCCAGGAUCAGAACAAGUACAGUUUCCUCGAACCACAUCACCAUGCAGUUCUCAGCAACUCCAAGGCCAUCAGUGUGCAGGUAUGCCUAGAUACAGAGAUCAUGGUUUGUCCAUUUGAGAUAGUUCACAGUGGGGUUUGGCCUGCAGUGUGCUAAGAUAUAUUCCAGAUGUUUUGGAUACUGUGUUGAGUCAGAUUAGCAUGUGCAGUUUACACCUUUCUUUUCUAAAACUGUGAUUACUCUCCAGCCCUUAUUCUCUUCCCUCUGAGAUAUCAUGAUUCCCGGGCCCCAUUCCUAGGCCCUCCUGUUUGCAGAGUUUUCUGGGUGAUCAGCCAGUCUCUGAGACUUCAACCACUUCUUCCUGCCAACACCCUGCAACUCUUCUACUCAGACACGAUCAUAUAGCCACCUGCCUACUGUCUAUCCCUACCCUGAAGUUGAAAGGCAGGUCAGACUCAGUAUUUUCCUCCUCUUUUUUACAUCACUUACCACAGCUUCCACAUAAUAACCAAAAAAGAAAUUUCUGGCUUAUCAGUCUCUUCUCUCAUUCUCUGUCAUACACACAGUCACCAUUUCCUCACAGCUAGUGACUUCUUUCCUUCCCCACU